AUGCAGCCUGAUCAACGCAAAAAGUCAUCAGUGGAUGUAGACUUUUUCACAGAAUAUGGUGAGGGGAGCAGGUACAGAAUAGAGGAAGUGAUUGGCAAAGGAAGCUAUGGUGUUGUGUGCUCUGCAUAUGAUACGCAUAUUGGAGAAAAGGUUGCAAUCAAGAAAAUCAAUGACAUCUUUGAACAUGUCUCUGAUGCCACCCGCAUCCUUCGAGAAAUUAAACUUCUUAGACUCCUGCGCCAUCCAGAUAUUGUGGAGAUAAAGCACAUCUUGUUGCCUCCUUCCAGAAGGGAAUUUAAGGACAUAUAUGUUGUUUUUGAACUAAUGGAAUCUGAUUUGCACCAAGUUAUUAAAGCAAAUGAUGACUUAACUCCAGAACAUUAUCAGUUUUUCCUUUAUCAGCUUCUUAGAGGCCUCAAAUACAUACACACAGCUAAUGUCUUUCACCGGGAUCUGAAACCCAAAAAUAUCUUGGCAAAUGCCGACUGCAAGCUCAAGAUCUGUGACUUCGGUCUCGCAAGAGUAGCCUUUAAUGAUACCCCAACUGCCAUUUUCUGGACGGACUAUGUUGCAACAAGAUGGUACAGAGCUCCUGAAUUGUGUGGAUCGUUUUUCUCAAAGUAUACGCCAGCAAUAGACAUAUGGAGCAUUGGAUGCAUAUUUGCUGAACUAUUGACAGGAAAACCUCUUUUCCCUGGGAAGAAUGUAGUUCAUCAAUUGGAUCUGAUGACUGAUCUCUUGGGAACACCAUCGCCAGAAGCCACUGCAAGGGUACGCAAUGAGAAAGCUCGAAGAUACUUGAGCAGCAUGAGAAAGAAGAAGCCCAUUCCGUUCUCUCACAAGUUCCCUAAUGCAGACCCCCUUGCACUUCGUUUGCUGGAAAGAAUGUUGGCAUUUGAACCUAAGGAUCGACCUAAUGCUGAAGAGGCUCUUGCAGAUCCAUAUUUUAAGGGCUUGGCCAAGGUUGAGAGAGAGCCUACUGCUCAACCAGUUACCAAGAUGGAAUUUGAAUUUGAGAGACGGAGGAUAACUAAAGAAGAUGUAAGAGAGCUUAUAUACCGAGAAAUUCUAGAGUAUCAUCCUAAAAUGUUGAAAGAGUUUUUAGAUGGUUCGGAGCCAACUGGUUUCAUGUAUCCAAGUGCUGUUGACCAUUUCAAGAAGCAAUUUGCUUACCUUGAGGAGCACUAUGGAAACGGUGCUCCUGUUACUCCACCUGAGAGGCAGCAUGCAUCAUUGCCCAGGGCUUGUGUAUUAUAUUCAGAUAAUACAAUACAGAAUUCAGCAGAAGUCACCAAUGAUCUCUCCAAGUGUUCUAUCAAAGAAAUUGAGAAACCUCAUGUAGACAGGAGUAGUGGGAUGCCAAUGACAAGGCUUCCUCUUCAAGUUCCUCAAAGUAUCCAAGGUGUUGCAAGACCUGGGAAAGUUGUAAGUUCGGUGUUGCGUUACAACAAUUGUGGAGCAGCAGCUGCAGCAGAGAAUCUUGACCAGCGAAGGAUGGUCAGGAAUCCAGCUAAUUCAACUCAAUACUCCACUGCAAACUCAUAUCCAAGGAGAAACCCAGCCUGUAAAAAUGAGAGAGGGGAAGAUGAGGGGGUCGAAGGUUCCAAUGGAUUGCAGCCAAAGCCACAGUAUAUGGCAAGGAAAGUUGCUGCUGCCCAAGGUGGACCUGGAAAUCACUGUGCUUUGAACCAGCUCAGGUUCUUCAAAAGAUAUAUAUCUGGAGCUUCUGUUGAAAGAAGUUGA